AUGGCCAGACUUUCAAAGAUUGCCGGAUAUGUCAUUGCAGCUGUUGUUGUACUCACAAUUGUCCUUUCCGAAAUUGCUGAACGCAAAGAGGCCGCAGAUAUAAAUGCAGCUCUCGACGAUCUCUUGGCGUCUCUGACAAAGAUUUGUGCACGACUUGAGCUCGAGAAACUCAACCGCAUAACAAGGAGUCCAUGGAUCGUGGCUGCCACCAUUCCGCAACCCUGGGAGAUACCUCAGCCCUACCGUAAAACGCCCGGAGAUUGCGAACCAGACUGGGCAGCUAUUGGCUUUGAAGAAGCCGGAUCCAUCUACUUCGACUUGAUACAUGGCAAUUCGUCCUGUGCUACCACGUCAGAGAAGCCAGCAAGUGCUCUGGCUUCCCAUACAGCAGCUUAUAUUUCGGAACAGCCAACUUCAACUAGCAAGUUUCCUCGGGAGACAGGUCUUUUGAGUGGUGGCUGA